AUGAGUGUUUGUAGGGAUAAAGUGUUAGAUACAGUACAUCCAAGUUCUAUUACUGUUUGUGGAUUAAGGGAUAAAACAGAACGGCGAGCAGAUUUCAUCAAUAUGAGACCCCAACUAAAUGAUGAAACUGAUGACGAGUACUUCGAUGACCUAAUCAAGCUGUUCGACUCUGAGCAUGACAGGGUUCAUUUCGGGAGCCAAGCAACGCAGGACAACGGUACUAUGAAUAUUUCUAAAUAUAAUCAUUCGAAUGAAGAUGUGACAUUAGAAAAAGACGGUGAUUCCACAGGAAUUGAAGAUAGUGACUCAGAGAAUUUUAGUGAACGCGACUGCCUUCCCUUAUAUAUUAAAUUAGUCGACUGUUCCAAAUUUCCGUGGUACUAUAAAAAGUAUACUCAACAAAUAUUGGAAAAAGUUAAUAUAAGUGUUUCAGUUAGUGACAGUGAUAGUGAACUAGACAUAGAGAAUGUUGAUGAUCUAAAUGAUGAUUGUUUUAUAAUAGAUUACAUAGGUAAAGAAACAAAUAACCAGAACAAUAAGCAUAGUUCCUCUUCGUUGCCUACUAUAACUUCAAAGACUACUGCCGGGAAAAAGCGCAGAGAAGAUAUUGAAAUACAAAAGGCACUGAGUCAAAAACAUUCAGGGACAGUUGAUUUCAAACGCAACAAGGGCCUUAUUGGUAUGAAAAUUACACAGAAGUAUGUGAAAGAAACACACUUAACACCAGCGGAGCCAAAUUUUAAUAAAACGACAGUUAUUAAGGUCACUGAAAAACACCAAACAAUUGCCAAGUCCAGUAUAAAUGCUUCUGAUAAAGCACUUAACAAUAUUGGUAAAUUAUUUAUAACACCUACAGUACCCAAAGUAAAUACAGCAUCAGCAUCAAAUGAAACUGAAGCUAAAACUUAUAAAUCUGAAUACCAAGAAAGCAUGGCGGAUGUGUUAAUUGAUAAAAGCUCAGUGAAAUUUAUCGAAGAGAAAAUUUCUGAAGAACUAGUAGAGCACAUAAUAACAAUGAAGCAAGACAAAAAAUGGCAGGACAUAUUGCCAGAUAACAAAAAAAAAUCAGUCAAUUUUUCUACAUCACUUAACCCAUCAAGUUCACCAAGGGAAGUUAAAAAUUCUUCACGUACUGUUAAAAAUAUAAAGAACACAACUAAAUAUAAGAAAACUCGAUUAAAAGAUUUUGAAAGCAAGCUGCUGAAACUGUUAGAUUUAGAAUCAAAUAAAAAAGAAACUAUUCCUUUUGAAGCAAAUAAUGUGGACAAAAAUAAAAAUAUGAAUGAAAGUGUAAGGGCAUUUGAAAACUCUUUCAAAAUAGACAACCGAUACACCUGUAAAGAAAAGAAAUCAACAAGCCAAUCUGAUACUAUACAUCAAGUAGCUAAUAAGCCAAUGCUUGGCAAUUGUAAUAACUUUGGCAGUAUACCAAGAACUCCAAUAGAAAGUACAAUAGAAUCUCAGCAAUUAAACUCAGAAAUUAAAGACACCGAUGAAAAAAAUGAGGCUACAAAGCCAUUGAAAGAAGUGCCACUAAAAUGUGACGAUGUAGGGAAAAGUAAUGCUCCUAUUACUAAUAACCAGUCCUGUUCGUCCAGUCCAGUCGAUACGAUUCAAACCAGUUUUCCAAUGAGUUCCAAUGUUUACAAUAAUUUACAAAUGAAUCCCAUUGUGUCUAAAAAUCCUAUUCCAUUCUGUUUCGCACAUCCUACAGAUAUGACUUCUUACGUUUCAAAUGCAAAUAAUACGAAUUAUUCUAAAAAUAUGUCUAAUUAUAUUAUAUCAAAUAGUAAUGAAGUCGCUUCUGAUCAGUGGACUAAUAUUGGCUCAACUAUUAAUAAUAAAAUUACUCCAUCAUCUAUGACCACCGUCUCAUCCACUCAAUGUAAGCCAAAUUCAAUCCCAAAUAACUACGAUAAGUUUAUUAAUACAUAUAACUUAAAUAAUCAAAAUGAGUGCAGUAAUAAAGCCAUUCUUAACCAUUUAAAUAAUGGUCCUUCUCAUAACUCCUACGCAUCUGCAAUUAUUUUAAAGCCGACUCAGCCAAAAAGUAUCUCAUGUGGACCACGAUUUAACUACCCUAUCCUGGAUAAUAAAGGACCUCCUCAAAUACCCGUUCGAAUGCAACCACGGUUUUACCAUAACCCUUAUAAAACUAACCACUACAGACCACCAUAUAACCAAGAACAGAGAUUUAUUCCUAGAAUGAGAAAUUGUAUCAUAACAAAUAACAGAUUCCCUGCACCGCAUAAUAACAGAUGCAAUUCUUUGUAUAAUUCACUACCGUUUCCAACUAGUCAUACUGGUUGGCGUAUGCCAAAUAAUUUUCAUAAGGGGGAUCCAAGAAGUGAAUGCCCUCGUAAUUUUUUUGCCCCUCGUUUACCAAUAUUAGAAUUGCAAACAAAUAUAAACCCUAUUAGGAAUACAAAGUAUGGACUUGUAUCAUCACUGGACAAGAUUGCUAAACCUAUGGUAAACACACAACAAGAUCAUUCUUCACGAGUUCUGAAUACAAAUGAAGAUCCGAGACAUUUAACACACAGUUAUAAAGAAGAUAUUAUUAAAUUAAAUACACAUAACGUUUUUUCUGAACAAAAUUAUGAUUUAGUUACAAGCAAAACUACAAUGUUAGAAUUAUUGGACAGUGAAACAAAUAAUUUGAAAAUAGCUGUUAAUAAAGACGAUAAUGAUAUAGAGAAAAAAUUAGACGAUAUUUUCAAAACAUCAGAGAAGUCAGAGCCAAGUUCAAGUAAGCCAGAGAUAACUAUUAACAAAGACUAUCGUAAAGACAUAGAGCGACAAAAUGGAUAUUCGCCUCCGAUAUUACCCAUUCCUACAUUUGAAAGAGUUUUGGAUCAAGUGAAAAUGAAAGUUCAAAAUCAAAAUCAGAAUGAUGUUAUAUGUAUUUCUCGUAUAGAUGUUAGCAAGAAAAUUAGAUAUCUUAAAGAAAGUAAUAAAAAAACAAUAAACUGUCAGUCUCAGAAAAAUGUUAGAAAAAAAGAUAUUAAAACUAACAAAGAAAUCACACCCACGAAUGACUUUUAUAACAGAGUAGUUAGCGGUAAGUCUAAAGAAAGUAUUAAAAAACAGGAGAUUAAAAAAAUAUCAUUAGAAGAAUAUAAAAAGAGAUCAUUGAGCCAUCGAUUUGAAGAUUACAAUUAUAGUAAAUCUGACAGUAAAGAUUCUAGUAAAAAAAGGAAAAUUAUGUAUAAUAAACCCAAAACUGGUGUGGACAAAUACAGCACAGAGAGCGAUCACGGCUAUGACUCGGACAGUACAGUUAUUUUGUUAUAG